AUGACUACAGACGCAUCGUCCUUGCAAAUACGACUAGUGAUACCAUCCGCCCCCUCUCCGCCCCCUACACUGUUAACAUCCGCAUCUAAACGCACGGGCACCGCCUGCACGUGUAAUGAUGGGAAUUGUGAACACAUGUCUUUACUGCGACCCUACACAGAUGCCGAGAUGGAGGCGGUGGAACGGCGACGAUGGCGAAGAUUAGUUCAAGAGGGAUGGUUUCAUCAGAGUGUACAUUACCAACGAUGGGAUGAAGAGGCAUUGAUGCGGGGAUCUUCUUAUCGUCCACGUGUGGUUGCGGCUCGCACGAAUGUGAGGACGACAACAACAGCGGCAUUAGUGUUGAGUCUCAAUCUUGAUCCCGAUAUUUGGACACAUGAUGGGAGUAGUGGUGGUAGUAUCUUAAUAUCCGGUGAGGAGGGUUUACCACGGGAAACCUCACAUUUAUAUCUAUGGCGUAUACCAGCGUUAUUACCAGGGGAUAAGUAUGAUAUUUUAAAUGAAUUGGGGAGGCAACUGGAGAGACAGUAUCGAUCUCUUUCGAAACGUUCUUUUAUAGUAAGUCAUUCUCACAAUGCACGACCAGAAGAUUUUAUGCGAAGUUUAAGACAAUGUCGUCAACAGGCAGGUGCACAGGGUAAAGUUAUAUUACACUAUGGAGGGUAUGGAGUGUCAAGACCACGAAAUGGUUCACUCUAUCUUGUUUCUCCUUCUGGAGAUUCUGUUAAAUAUUCACUGGAUGCACUUCGAUUACAGGUUGGAUUUCCACUUGUCAUGAUAGCCGACUGUGCGAAUGCUGGAAGUAUUUUAAAACACCUUUUAGAAACCCGACAAAUGGAUGAAGAUAGUCAACACCUUACAUAUAGAAGAUAUGGUAAAACAAUUAGUGGAUCCGCUUUAGAUGAUACCGAUCGUUCAGAAGUGGUUUUACCAAGUUGGGGAAGAUAUGAUGGCACAACCACAACGACGACUACUGGUACAAAUGUGACAGCAACAACAACGACUAAUGCGAAUACGACGAGUAAUGCUGGUGUUGGUGGUAUAGAUAGUACCACAGGGACUACAAAUGUUAAUAAUACCUCCUUUUUAAUGGGUUUACGUGGAUUAGGAUCAGGUGCAGCAUCACCUACAGGUCCAUUAUUACGUGAUGAUUUCUUUUUUAUCGGGGCAACAGAAGAUGGGGAAUUACCACAACAUCCAAUGUUGCCAUCUGAUAUUCUCACAUCUUGUUUGACCACACCAGUACAAAUGGCAUUGCUCUGGUUUAUUGCAGAGAAUACACACACAGCAGAUAUUCAUCCUCUUCUUAUGUAUCUUAUUCCAGGUUCAUUAGAAGAUAAAAAGACUCCACUUGGUCAAUUACAAUGGGCUUUCAUGUCUAUUGCAGAAUCUAUUGCAUGGUCUUCUUUUCCUUAUUCCUUAUUUAUGCAUCUUUUCCGAGAAGACGUUGUUGUAGCUCCAUUAUUUCGUGGAUAUUUGCUUGCGGAACGUAUUAUUACCGCUUUAGGGGGUACAAUAACGGUAUAUCCACCUUUACCACGUACGAACGCUCAUUCAAAAUGGGAUACUUUAGAUAAUAUUAUUGAACGAACUUUGGUUUCUUUACAACAUGCUGUUCAGCCAGUACCCCCAAAAGUAUUAACAACUCUUGAAUUUCGAGAAUGGCUGGAUUGGAAUGUAAUUAAAUGGCGUUAUACACAAGGAUCUAUGUCAUUACCAUCAUUAAAAGAUAAUGCUGUUGUGGUUCCAGAUUUUCUGGAAGAAGAUCUGCGAGUUAUGGCGGCUUCUUGUGAACGUAUUACAGAGCAGAGUUUCUUUCGUCUUGGUUGUAGUGAAUCCACAUCACUGGAUCAUCAUCAAGAAGAAAAAACAUUUGGUCGUUUUGGUGAGUCAGCAAAACGAUCAUCGUAUAGUAAAGAGUUAAGUGAACAUUCUCUUUUGUUUUUUCGAACCCAAGCGGGUGGUGGUGUUAGUGUUGGAGGAUUAGGAGUAGGAGUAGGCAGUACGGCAACAAUGCCGUUUCCUUUUAUUACAAGUUUGCCCAUGUUACUUCAAGGUUUAUUGGUGAUAUCUCACCGAGAUAGAGCCACUGAAUUGGUUUGUCGAUUGGUAGAUGCUGGUCCUCCUGCAGUAGCCGCUUCUGCACAGGUGGGAAUAUUUAAUAUGGCUUUAAUGCAUUACUGGAGACGAGAUGAUUUAAAACAUCUUUUACCAGCUUUAUUAUUUAUCUAUACAAAGGCCUGUUAUACUGAUCCAGCUCUGGCAGGUAUAGAUAUAACCCAACGGAAUGUUGUACUUGAAAAGUCUUUGGAAUUAUUAACUUCUCCAGUGGAGAUUAUGACUAAUUCUAUUGGAGUCCCUGGUGCUUGGCAGCAUGAAGUUUUAGGACCUUGGGUAAAACCACGGGGUCAACAGUUGUUGGCAGCCUCCCUACUCGCUAUGCUUUGUUUACACUCCAGAGAAAGUCGACGUCGCUGUCGUGAACGUGAUGCUCUACCUGUAUGUUGUAAACUCUUGCAGACUGCAGCUAAUACCACAGUUGUGAAUACGUUUGGUGUAGUUAUGAAUACAUUAUUUAUGCAACCUCAAGAUCAAAAAGAAGGUUUAACUGGUGGAAUAGCAGAAGAAGAAGGAGGAGGAAGAGUUGGAGAAGAAGGUGGUGGUGGUGGUGGUGAUAGUGAAGAGAGUAUUUGGGAAUCUAAACCCUCUAAUAAAUGUUUUGAAAAGACAGAAAACUAUAAUACAUCAUCUAUAACUACAAUGUAUGUACUUUCUCUUAUUGCUUUACUGGUGUCAUUAAUAUGGGAGAAUGAACCUCUCACACCUGCUACUAUGGAUGAACCAGAGAAGAAGGAAGUUCUACUAUCUGCACGGGUACAUCUUUCAAGCGCUAUUAAAGCUUUGCGAUCAUUACUUGGGGCAUAUCCAUCUGUGGUGCGUGGGGCUUCUCUAAAGGCCCUUACUGCCAUCAUGAUAUCUCCUAUCACCAAUAAAGAGACCGCAUUGGAAUGUAUUCAAGUCAUCGCCGAAUGCAGCGAAAUCCAUGUUGGACCAUGGGAAGGUAAUACAGAUAAUCGUUUAGAGUUUGUUGCAGCUUUUUUUCUGGCAAUGAAGUGGUUAAUUGAUUCUCUCUCGUCUACCAUGUCUAUAGAGGAAAUAAGACAGACCGUGCAUUCCGAGUUAACGAGAGCGCAUCGCCCAAUGAUGGAUCCAUCUUCUCGAGAUAAUACUAAUACUAAUAAUAAUAAUAAUAACAAUAAUAAUAAUAAUAAUAAUAAUAUUAAAAAUACAAGGCGUUUUUCUGAUGUGGAUCAUCCCCCAUCACGCUCACCGUUACGCCCUACUUCAACAACAAGAAGAAAAACAUCAACAACGACAAGAAAUAUAAAUGUGUUUGAAUCUACUACUACUACAGUAUCCGGGGAAGUGGCAUUGGAUUCUUCUACUUCUACUUCCACUUCCAUGUCUACAGGUGCGGUAAACCAUUUAUUGACAUUGUUAACCACAUUUGCAGAUCGACUUGCGGUGGCUACACAAGAUCCAUGUCCUUUUGUGGCUACACACGCACGUAAAGUAUUGCUAGACGAUCUUUCUUUUCUUCAACUGCGACGUUUCUUUUGUUUUCAUACCUCCGAUGCUGUUGCGUGUUGCGGUCGUGUUGGUCCACCCGCGACUUCUAAUAAUUCCGGUAUUGUAAAUUUUUUAUCCGAUAUUUUUAGUACCAUUACUUCACGUGGCGUAAAGCCAGAUAUGCGAGGAGGCGAUCGUCAAAGUAAUGGAGGUUUGCGAAGCCUGAAUGAAGAUAGCGGGGUGGAUUCUAUUGGUGCGAGUAUAAACGCAGGAGUAGUUGGGCUUGGCGUUGGUGUUGGUUCGAGUAGUGGAAAAGGAAGAGUUUCAGAGACGAGCGUUUCACUGCGUGCUAUUUCUGUACAUGAUAGUUCCACUGUUACUUCCUUUGUUUUUACCAUCCUCUCAUUUCUUUCAGAGUUGUUACUUGUACCUCUGGAUGACUGUGAUCCUCGACACCCGUUUAAUCUUGAUAAGGAUACACAACUUCGAAAAUAUCUACAACGACUUCGUAAUGGAUUACAAAUAUCUUCAUCUGUUGGAUUUGGAUAUCAUGAUAACGAUGUAUAUGGUCUGGCGAUGUCUCCCUUGUUUCCAUCUGGUUCAACCUUCUUAACACGUUCUGCAAGCUUCAUGCAAAUGUUCUCUCUAGAUGAUGAAGGAAGGGGUCGUACACCAGUAUUCUCACCUCUUAUGAAUUCUACAGCUUCUUUUUUUACGGGAGGGGAUACACCUAAAACAUCUAGUAAAGAACGGGAUGCAUCGUAUCAACUUUUAUGUGAGAAAAAUACAUUUGUAGAACGUGAUGGUCAUGUACAAGUACUCACAUUUCAUCCAACCGAUCGACAUAUUAUUACGGGAACAGAUCAAGGUGUAAUUCAGGUUUGGUCCCUUUCAGAAGAAAAUGGAUAUUCCACCACUGCCACUACUACCACUACUACUACUACUACUACUUCCCCAGCAAAGGAAGUUUCUACAUCUACUGCCAUUGAUGGUUGUCAUUUAUUAGCAAAUAUUCAAAUAUCAGAUGUAGUAACACGACCGGAUUCUAUUGUACCACCCUCAUGUCUUUUACGGUAUAUGUACAGCACACCUCCGGCAUUAGCACAGCGGGGUGGAAAUUAUCAUUCCACGCUGGGCGAUAAUAAUGGACGAGGAUCAAAAACAAAAGAUGAUCCACUCACAGGAUUACAUCUCAUAGAUGCCGCCUAUCGUUCAUUACUGUGUGCAGUGACUCGAUCCGGAUCUGUACAGUUAUUUUCCUCCUACACCAAUGCAGCCACUGUUCGACGAGUAACAUCCUUUAGGACCAUGACGCGUGAAGAAUCUCUUAGAAGUCAUCAGUGUCUUUCUAGUUAUCAUGUUCCUGCGAUGUUAUUACAUCUUUCUGGGGCAGAUGGAUCCAUCACAUCAUGGGAUUUAGAAUAUGAACAUAGAGUUUCAAAGGAUCUUGGGUAUGGUGAACUUCGUGGUACUCCAUCAACGGUGGCCUCACACCCCUAUGAUGCUUUUACAUUAGCUGUAGGGGCAACAUCUGUUUAUCUUUAUGAUUUGCGGAAACCAUCUAGUGCUACACACAUCUUGCGAGAUCCCACAUCCUUAGGGGAAACAUUACAACAACACCACCACCAACACCAACAACAACAACAACGACCUAUAUUGGGGGAUUACAAUAAUUCAUUAUGUCUACACAUUGGUUUCUCAUGCCGUUAUCCACAUGGUAUAGUGACUGGCUAUGGUGGAGAACAGGGUAUUGUGUUGAUGUGGGAUGAUCGUUAUAUUCGACAGCCGCUUUAUCAGACUGUCGUCUCUGACGCUGCAGCCACCAGCACCUCUACCCUCACUUCCGUACGGUAUAUGGAUAUUCAACAUUAUAAUAGCCAACUCACAACCAUGUCUGUAACAGCAGAUGCACUCUUUUUAACAGACGCCCUUGGUCAGUUCUCCCCAACAACAACAACAUCAGCAGGAGGAGGAGGAGGAGGAGGAGGAGGAAUAACAUCAACAGUAUCUAGUGGUAAGACUCAUAUUCGACUUAUGCAACAGCCCGGUGCGGCUUCUUUUCACCCUAUCCUACCUCUUUGCGGUGUGGUGAGUGGAAACACUCUGCAAUUAUAUGGAAGGAGAAGGAAGAGAUAG